CAAAAAUAUAGCUCAACAUUAAUUUAAAAUUUCUAAAUUAGUAAAAUUUCAAUUAAUAAAUUAGUAAAUCUAAAUUAUUAAAAAAGAAAAUAAAUUCUUCAAAAGUAGAAAUUGCAAGAUUGAAAAUGUACAUAAGUGGUAAAUCAGUUAUUUGCGAAAAUUUGUUCAGCUCUAAUUACUCGAAUGUCACAAACUCUAACUUUUCUAAUCCUCCUCUAGCUAAGUAAGAACCUAUAAGUUAAAAUCUAGUAUAAAAGAUGUAGUCCAAUCCAAACAAGUAGAACUUACAAUAAGGCUCAACAUUUGAAAAGCAUACCUAGUAAAAUUAUGCUCUUAAGAGUUGCUCAAGCUAAUUUGGUAAUAAAUAAUUGGGGAUCUUAAAAUAAAUUGAUUAGAAUGUAAGUAGAGACACUUAAUAAUCUUCACUGGAUCGUUUGGAUACUGCAAGACAUUAUGACAGAGUUAUUUAAAGAAAUGCUGUAGUAAAUUAAAAGAGUGAAUUUUAUGAGCAUAAGCCAAACUAAGUAGCAAAUCAAAUGAAUGAGGAAAGCAAUCUAUUAUCUCAACUAGCUUCUCAUUGCUUUGCUGCACUAAAAAACUAAAAGAAGCGAGAAAAAAAAUAGAAACAAGAUCUUAUUAAUUACAAUAGAUUUAAUAUUCACAAGAGAGAAUUUAAUGCUAAAGCAUCUAGAGAAAGCUCAAAAGAAAACUUCAAAGGGGCACCUUCAAAUCAUGUAAGAAGCAAUCUAAGUAGGAAGCAAAGAAGUGAAAGUAGCAACUCGUAAAAAAAUCAAUCUUUGGGAAGGAGCAAUAAAAAAAUAACAGUUGGAAUCUUGAUGCAAUAAAAUGGUAGCCUGUAGAAGAAUGGUAAUGAUUAAAAUAGCAUGAAUAAGAUGUAAUAGCAAGAAAACAUACACACAAAGUAAAUAAGAAAUACUUUAAAAGAAAUUACAAACAUAAAAGUGAGACACACCAAAAAUUCCAGUUAAGACAUUCGUAACAACUAGCAUAUCUAAUUUAAAAAAGUGAUGUCCUAAUAAGAGACACAAAAAAUAUCUUCACCAUAAAAAGAAGAAAACUUAAUCUCGUAAGAAAGGCUCGAGAAUCCCUUGAUCAAAGAGCCUUUUAUUGCUCUUCAAACUAUUUCUCCAAGAGUUUUCACUAAUGAAUACUUUUGUUCUCUUGUAAAGCAACAAUUGAAUCUAACAAAACCUCUUGCCAGGCACUAAAUAACUGAUCCUAUACGCUAAAAAAUGAUAGAUUGGAUGAUUGAAGUAGUUGUGUUUGUUUUUACAAAACCUAACAUCUCAGCAUUUUUUAAAACAAUAAACUUGAUGGAUCUAUUUUUAAAAAAAUCCUAAAAAAAAUUUUAAGACAGCGAUAUUCACUUAAUAGGUGUUUGUUGUUUGAUAAUUAGCAAUCAUUUUGAAUAAAGAGUUGAAGUUGGUUUAAAUCACUUCUGUCGUGAAAUUGCUCAUCAAGCUUUCGAAAAGAAAGAUAUCAUAAAUAUGAAAAUGCAUAUUCUGUAAACAAUAGACUAUGAUCUAAAUUUUUCUACAGUUGCUGACUUUAACAAUUAAUAUAUCGCAUUUCUCAAGAAAUAUUAGAAAUUAGGGAACUAAUUCUUGCAAUAGUUGACUGAAUUAUCCUACUAUUACAUAUUGUAAUCUCACUAUUUUUAAGAGUAGCUGAGCUAUCAACCUAGGAUUAUAUCCCUUGCUUCUAUUUUUGUAGCUUUAGAGUUUUUAAUUAAUAAUAGUAAAGACACUAUCCAGGUCAUAGAUACAUAGCUUUCUUCAAUUUAAAAAGCUUUACUUGGAGAAUUUAGCUAUGAAAUGGAUCCUUUAAUGACAAGUCUUGCAUUUUGCAUCAAAAAUGUCAAAAUGAUACAUCAAAACUUUGAAUAAAUCAAUCCUAAACUUUUUAACUAUAGAGAUAAAUUCUAAAAGUUUAUCUUGAAUUGAAAACCUCAAAGCAUUUCAUCAUAACCUACAUAAAAAUAGCUGACUUUUAUUCAUCUAAUAAUAUAAAAUACUAACUAACUAUAUAAAUUGUGAUUGACUUUUAAUUAGAAUUUAUUAAAAAAAUAUAAUUUUGCAAAAUAAUUAUUUAAUUAAAUUUUUAAAAUGAGUAUUUUUGUUCAUUUUAUUUAUAAAAGUAUUUUUUUAAAUGAUUUUAUUUAUUUAAUAUUU